AUGUAUGACAUGCAAGCAUUUACGCCUGAGCUGGUAGUAUCUUUGAUUCUUGCCGUCUGUUCUGAGUUCCCUCCUUCCCCCGUCCUUAAUGAUCUUCUUGAGACAAAGAAUAAGAAUCUUUGGACUCAAUCUAGUUUAAAGCCCUUCUAUAUCCUCUUUGCUCGAUGGCCCCAACUGCGCCAUUGUCUCUCUAUGGCGUCACGCCGUUCAGCCUGGUCUCGCGUGUUUAUCCAUACCAGCAUGCUGGGUCUUGGAGGAUAUGCCGUUCUCGCAUUUCAGUCCGACAGAUAUGGCAGCGGCAUACACCAGGACGAGGUAUCAAAAGAGGAUCUCCAAAAAUAUGCCCAGCUCGCAAACGCUACUCAGAUCUACUAUGGACCCUUGAUCUUCAUCACAAAGUUGUCGAUUCUCCUUCUUUAUCUGAGGGCAUUCGCCCCUGCCCGCCGGAGCAAAACAGGUUUCUGCAUACACUCCCUGCUAUGGUUUAACCUGUUGUUUUAUCUGGCCGAUACAUUUGUUAAGAUCUUCGAAUGCACGCCGAGGGAGAAGAUCUGGAAGCCCGAUAUCCCCGGCCAUUGCACUAACAUUAAGAUCACAUUCUUUGUGGCCUCGGUGAUCAAUGUGUUCUCUGACGUGGUGAUCCUGCUGCUACCAAUGAUCUGCGUAUCACGUUUGCAGAUGCGAAGAGCAAAAAAGGUGGGUAUUUGUAUUGUAUUCGCGGCUGGCAUUUUUGGUUGUGUGUCGAGUGUCAUGCGCGUUGUUGUCAGCAUCAAGAAUAGCCAUGCCGUAGACAAAACCUAUGACUGGUUUCCAGAGUUCCUAUGGACUACGGCAGAAGUAGCUUCGGGCAUUGUGGCUAGUUGUCUUCCUGCUCUACCCUCCUUUCUUAGGCACUUCUUUCAGAAAGCAAGUUCCCGGUUUUCAAAGACUACUGCAAGGGGUGCAGGUGCGAAAGGAAACAACGCUGGGAUCUUCCCGCGGGAUAGCGUGGGAGUUCGUCGGCCUCUGCAACGCAGAACCUGGGAAUUGGAUGUCAUUCGACAGACCACCAAGCCCAAAUCUUCUGGGAACUGCUUCAUAGAAAAGGAGGAUCAGGGGGAUAAUACAAGGCUUUUUGGAAACGACACUAAACGAAAUGAAAUCGUGGACUUGGGAGCUGAGCUGGGACAGUCUCCCGAUCAGAAGGGUAUCUUGAAGACGCAACCUCCGUCGACAACCCCAGCACCUACCGUCGAGAUGGCCGCUGAACGUUCCGGAAUCGUGGUUGGCCUUAACAAGGGUCACAAAACCACCCCCCUCAACUCCCAGAAGACCAAGAUCAGCCGUACCAAGGGCCACCUGUCCAAGCGUACUGCUUUCGUCCGGGACAUCGCCCGUGAGGUUGCUGGCCUUGCCCCCUACGAGCGCCGUGUCAUCGAACUUCUGAGAAACGCUCAGGACAAGCGCGCCCGCAAGCUCGCCAAGAAGAGGCUCGGUACCUUCACCCGCGGCAAGCGCAAGGUCGAGGACAUGCAGCGUGUCAUCGCCGAGUCCCGUCGUGCUGCUGGUCACUAA